CCGCGAGUGAAGAAGGAAGGCAACACAACAACACAGCACAACAAACACAACAACUGGCCGCUGCUCGCUUCUUGCUUGUUUGCUUGCUUGCUUGAGUGCUUCUGGGUUGUUUAUUGGUGCCAGCGAGACACGCAUCCAUCCCUUUAUCCACCCGUGUCCCUGGCGGGGCGACGCGGCAACAAUGGCAAUGAGCGCUGUUGUGCCGCCAGCAGAGAGCAUCAGCGGGUCAGAGAGCGACGGCUGUUUUGGCCUCGUGACGGCACUGGUUGAUGCGCACCACAUUGGCUCCUUCAAGGAUGACGUUCGGGCGAAGCGACAGGCACGAGCACAUGUGUACGAACAGCUCCUGGAUCCAACCCACACUGCAACCCUUGACGAUGUGCAGGAGACGUGGGGCCCUCGAUUUGGCGAGGCCAUGCUCACCGGCACCGCCCUGGCAGCGGCCUUGGCCAACGCCGAUGACGACGCUUACAGGGACCAGCAACAACAGCUCGCUGCCUGGCUUGACCAACACAGAGAUGUUGUGGAGCGCGUGGUGCCAGAUGCAUUGCAGCCGGUGCUGCUGCUGUUGGCGCGUCUCCAAACACCACCACAGCACCACACUGUCGAUGCGAACGACAGCGGGGUGCAUCUGCCACCUCUCCCCAUAUUGGAUGCGCCAGAAUUGUUGCACCAGCCCACCUUCCACCCGCGAUCGCAGGGCCUGCUUGGCUUUGACCCAGCGAACAUCACAUCGCCACACUUGAUUGAGCCAGGCUUUCUCCUCACACACCCACGCGACACUGCUCACGGCGGUGGUACCCAUGGGAUGUCGCUGUCUCUAGAAGCGGAGCCAAGCAAUGUGGGCUCAAUCACUCAUCAGCAACAGCAACAGCAGCAGCAGCAGCAGCAGCAGCAGCAGUGCGGGUUGGGCGGGUGGCUGUUUGAUGAACCACCAGCUAUGCACAGCCGUCUCUUUGGGUUCAACAGCAAUGAGGAACGUGUUGGUGGUGGGCCCAUGAGCAACGAUGCCGGUGCUGGCAGUGGCUUGUUUCCGCUGCUGCUGUCACAAGAUGUGCCCGUGAUCAGUGAGCAUCACCAGCAGCAGGAGCAGCAGCUGUUCUCAUCGCUAUCAUCGCCACCACUGUCUGUAUCACCAUCCCUCUCAUCACCACCACCACGUGCUGCAGCCCCAACAGCUGCUGAUGCCGUGCGAAGUUUGCGAGCAAGACAGCAGCAGAGCGCUGCUGCUGCUGGUGGUGGCGGCGGCGGCGGCGGUGGUCAGUUGGACGCGGUGCUGCUUGAUGUUGCGCACGCGUUGGUCGACGUUGCAUCCUCGACGUUUACGCGUGACGCAAGCACGGGGUUCCUGCGAGUUUCACAGCGCGUGCGGUGGCGGCCCACCCUCUCGCCCUCGCUCCUCCGCGCUUUCGUUCUCCCCGCCAGACACGUGCACGAGCUGCAGGCGGUUGUGGAUGCGGCACGAGCGCUGGCCAGGUCCCACCCCCACCCGCCGUCUGUCGUCGCUGUCGUAGCCGAUGUUGUUGCCGUAUUCCUGCAGUACCACGCACACGCGGUGCACACUGCUCUUCAGGCCUCAUCAUCAUCGUCAUCAUCUUCAUCAUCAUCGACAUCGUCACGCCUGCUUGCGUUCCGCUUCCGGCUGCGGCGAACACACCAGCAGCUCGCCUUCCUGGCACGCGUCGUCACGCACCUGCCGCUGUGCGCUGCCCUGCAUGAGGGUCACCUCCACGCCACAUCACCGUACGCGCACAUGGGCAUGCGCAGUGUACAGCGCUCGCUGGUGAUGCUGAGGGAACAGUGCCUGCAGGCAAGCCGCCCCGACCUCCGCAUGAUUGCAUCAGCGUUGUACCAGAGGAGCCUGAACUCGCUGCUGGCGCCGCUGUGCAUGUUUGCAUACACGGGGACAUACACGCGCAGCCUGCGGCAGCUUGGCAUCACUGUGGAUCAAGAGCUACUGCUGGAGCGAAACGAGUCGUUCUGGGACGCGGUUGGCUUCGGCAACACUUCAUCCACACGCGCCAUCUUCGGCGACGUGAUCACGGAUGCUGUUGGCUCCGCUCGCACGCUGGUGCUGCUGCGCACGUGUUCCCCGCACUUCUUCCUCUCGCGUUUCAGCGCCGCCCCGCCCACCGUUGUCUUCACCUCGCACCACACGAACCUGCGCCGGCUUGUGUCGGAGCAAGCGAAUCUGAGGCAGCGGCUGGCAGAUGCGCUGCAGGCUGAUACCGCAAGGCGUGCCCAGGCACUGCUUGAGCAAGAGAAGCAGCGAACCCUUGUGCUGCUUGCACGUGCGCGGGUGAUGCGACAACAGGUGCAGGCGGCAGACGACGCAGCGCGCGCUGCAGAGGAGGAGCGACGCGAGCGCAAACAGCGGCUCUGGAGACAGCAGCUGGAGGACCGUGCCGUACAUGCCGAUGCAGUGGCGGCCGCCGCCACCACUGCGAUGGAGGAGGAAGAGCAGCAGCAGCGGAUACGCGACGAGCGCGCGCAACGCGUGGCCGAGGCAGAGAUGCAGCUCAGGCGCAAGUACGCACAGCUCACAGCCAACCUCAACAAACAGAAGCGUCGGCUCGAGUGGCGCAACCGGCGAAUUGAGCGGCGGGAAGCGCUGCGGACGGCCCUCGCACACGACGUCGACUGGCACGCAGCCAUUCAUAGUGAUGAUGGUGGUGGCGGCGGUGGGCGACGGGAUGGUGCAGAUGUGGUGCACCCGCAUCUCCAAGUCGCGCCAUCAGCACCAUCGUCACCAGCACCAGCACCAGCACCGCCAACAGCAGCCGCAACGACACAGGCACAGUCACUCUCGCCCAUGCAACAGCGGCAACGGGAGAUUGAGCCGUCAUCACCAGCAGCGCAGGUCGCAUCUUCAGCCUCUCGUCGGCCAAUGAGUGCGCGGCGGCGGUGGCGGCGCAACACAGCAGGCGCUGCACCCAUCCUCGCCAGACUUGACACGCUAGAUGGCGCUGGCAGUGGUGGUGGUGGUGGUGCCAAUGAUGAUGGUGCCAAUGAUGAUGAUGAUGAUGAUGAUGAUGAUGAUGAUGGUGGUGGUGGUGGUGGUGGUGAUCGUGUGGUCAUUGCACAGGAAGCAUUGGAGGAGACGGAGGGUGAAGUUGAUGGCAGUGCUCGUGGUGCUCGAAGCGACAGCACCUUCGAUGACAGCAGCGCUGAUCACAUGUCCGCUGGAAACCACGUCCACCACACGCGCGCCAUGCGUGGCGAUGACGACACUCAUGGCGAGCGAACACGGCACGUCACACACCUCCACGCCAAUGGUGGUGGUCGUGGUGUUGGCGAUGGUGUCGUGGUUGGUCGUGUGCGUCACGUGCAAAACCACAGCGGAGGCGGACAGGGUGAUGUUGGGGGUGUUGCUGGUGCUGGCACUGGGGAUGCUGUGAACGAGCCACAACAACAACGACAGCAACAGCCACAACAACAACAUCAACAACAACAACAACAACAACAACAACAACAACAACAACAACAACAACAACAACAACAACAACAGCCACAGCAGCAGGAACAGCAGCAGCAGGAUGGCAUGCAUGUCAGUGACCUUGCUCGCUCAACUGAACACAGUGUGACUGCAACUGUGAGCGGAGAAGAUGUUGGUGAUUGUGAUGAGAAUGAUGGUGGUACUGAUGAUCGUGAUGGCAUUGCCAACGGCGAUGACCUGUACGCCCGUACCAGCAGCACUCACCACGGGCCUGAAGCAGAGGAGGAAGAGGAGGAGGCGCUGCAGGUGGAGCAGCACAACUUUGCAGAUGAGAAAGACGACUAUGGACCCGGAGACGACGACGUUAUUGAUGACGAGGCGGCGGUGGUGGACGCGUUUCAAAUGGGGUUUGAGGCAUUCACUGCCAAGGUGCAGACGGACCCUGCAUCCACCCUGCCAACACCAACACCAAUGCCAACAGCAACUGCAGAGCAAGAGCGAGACAGCAGCAGCAUCGGCGUUGGUGGCACCGAGAACACGGCAGGCGACAGCAGCACGAACAUUCAGGGCACACUCACGCCAUCAUCAUCAGCGUCGUCAUCAUCAAGCACACGUGAGGCCAAUGCUGAUGCUCUGCGCAUCGGUAUGGGCACUGGUGAUAGCGGCGAGCAUGAGGCGGUGUUCAACGGCCACGCGUUUGACACGUGUGUGAUUGCACCGCUGGCGGCGCACGCCCGGCUCGUGGCCACGUGCGCGCAUCAGUACCUCGUGCGUGAGCUGCGUCUCUUUGACCAGCUUUCCACAUUGGGAAAGUGCGUACUCCUUGGACACGGCGGGUUUAGCCGGAGCCUGGUGGCGCAGCUGACACGCGCGUACGGCGGUGGGCGGAGGUCUGCUGUCGCCGCCGUUGAAGUCAUGAACCGCGCGCUCAUGGACGGUGUCUCCGAGCGCAAUGCGCUUCCCUUUGCAGAUCGGCUUGUGCUGCGGCCAUCACGCAUCAUCCACCACCACCACCACCACCACGCCAGCAGCAGCAGCGCCGGUGGCAGUGGUGGCGAUGCGUUUGUUGUUGUGGAUGUGCACGUGUGCUUUGAUGUGCAGUGGCCUACGGACGUGUUCCUCCCACCACACAUCAUGGACACAUACCACCAGGUUGGGGCGUUUCUGUUGGAGGUGUCGUGCGUCAAAGCGCUGCUGGAGUCGUUAUGGCUGGACAUGAAGGUUCUCUGGCGCCGCACGAAGCUCAAGUCUGAACUGCGGAAUCUCAGAGUGCUGGAGCAGCGUCGUCACGACAUACACCACUUCUUCAGCGCUUUCCACUCGUAUCUCCUCCAUCAGGUGACGCAGGUGAUCUGGGCGCCGUUUCUGGAGGAUUUGACGCGCGAAUGUCAUUCGUACCCGCACGUCAUUAAGACCAUCGCCGCAAACGCCGCCCACCUGAAGAAGCAGGUGUUCCUUCACGACCGGGCGAAGCCGGUGCUGAUGGCGUUUCGAAAGGCGCUCGCUGUUGCUCUCCAGUUCAGGAACGAGCUUGCCCGGUGCAACGAGGCGUCGGAUGCAGUGAUGAAGGCGACGGCGCGACACUACGACUCGUUUCGCGGGUGCUCAAAGCUCCUCACGGCAGUGGUGCGCAAACUGGCCAAGCGGUUGGACGACGUUGCACUCGAACACCUGCUCCUCCGCCUUAACUUCACCGCCGCUCACCCGUAGCACCCGUGCAUACACACGCGCACGCACGCACACACACAUUCACACACACACAUACACAUACACACACACACAACUACAAGGCUGUGCACAUGCUCAACUGUCCACAAACGGAAUACUCAUGUCGAUGAUUGUGUGCUAAACUCUGUAAUCAUGUCAACUCAUACACAUGCACAUGCACGCGCACAUCGCGUCAGCAAGCAAGUGAUGCAAUUGAAGAGAAGUCAAC